CAUGCCUCGGCCGAAGGCAGGGGAGCUCCUCAUCAAGACCAAGGCUUGUGGAGUUUGUCACUCUGAUCUUCACGUCUUGAAAGGUGAACUUCCAUUUUCAAGUCCUUGCGUUUUGGGUCAUGAAAUAACCGGAGAAGUUGUUGAACAUGGUGCCCACACGGAUGUUGGCAUAACAAAGAGGUUCCCUAUUGGAAGUCAUGUGGUUGGAGCAUUUAUAAUGCCUUGUGGCAAUUGCUUCUUUUGUGUCAAAGGCCAGGAAGACCUAUGUGAGGCUUUCUUUGCCUAUAAUCGAGCAAAAGGAACACUUUACGAUGGUCAAACCCGGCUAUUUCUGCGAAAUAGCGGAAAGCCUGUGUACAUGUACAGCAUGGGUGGACUUGCUGAAUACUGUGUCAUUCCUGCCAAUGCAGUUGCUACUCUGCCAAACUCACUACCAUAUACUGAAUCUGCUAUCUUAGGCUGUGCAGUUUUUACUGCGUAUGGAGCUAUGAGACAUGCAGCUGAAAUGCGUGCUGGUGAUUCUAUAGCAGUUAUAGGAGUUGGUGGCAUUGGAGCAAGUUGUUUACAGAUAGCACGAGCAUUUGGUGCUACUGAGAUAAUUGCAGUUGAUGUACAAGAUGAAAAAUUGCGCAAUGCAAGGACACUUGGAGCAACUCACAUCAUAAAUGCUUCAAGGGAUGAUGUUGUUGAGAAGAUCAAGGAAAUCACUGGUGGAAUGGGUGUUGAUAUUGCUGUAGAAGCAUUGGGAAAACCAUUAACUUUUAUGCAAUGCACAAAAGCUGUGCGAGAUGGUGGCAAAGCAGUUAUCAUAGGGCUUGCUCCAACCAAUGCAUUGGGGGAGAUUGAAUUGACUCGCCUAGUCCGCAGACAGAUCAAAAUUAUUGGUUCAUAUGGCGCAAGAGCAAGACAGGAUCUUCCUCAGGUCGUCAAGCUUGCUGAGACCGGCAUAUUCAGCCUUCAAAAUACUGUUACAAGAAAGUGCAGAUUUGAAGAAGCCAACCAAGUCUAUAAAGAUCUUGACGAUGGAAAGAUUGUCGGCCGAGCCGUCAUUGAAAUAACCGAGUAAUUGGAAUCUAUUUGAUCUGGAAAUACUGUUAUGU